CACACCCACACCCACACCCACACCCACACCCACACACCCACCCCGAAUGUUGCUGCACAAGGUCAAAAGAUUCAAGCAAAUAAAAAAGAAAUCGAUCAAGUUUGUGAAUGGCUACAAAUUUAUCAAUAUUACAGUCAUAUUAAUGUCAUAAUCAAAUGUAUUGAAAAAUUUGAUCUUGUACCAUUGAAUAAUGAAGAAGCCAAAAUCGCUAAUUUAAAACGUUUGAGUGGUAAUGAAAAUUGUUCAUUAAGAGAAAUAACUGAAGCUUAUAGAAUUUUAUAUGAAUGUUUUCAAAAUUUUACCCAUCAACAUUUACAGUUAAUUAAAUUAGUAGUCGAAUGUUCAAAUGUUAUUCACAUGAUGAAAAAAGCUGAUCUUUAUUCUAUACAGGGUCGACGUCGUUUUCGAGUAUUACAAGAUAAUUUAACCACACAAUUUCAAUUACAAGAAUUAAAUAAUAUGGUAUUAAACUCAUGGAUUAUAACAUACGCAUUAAUCGAACCAUUUAUGUUUCAAGCAAGAAACUUCGAUGAUUUUAUUCAUCAAGUCGCACAAAUAACAAAUUUAGAAGGAAGUUCAUUGAACCACAUUAAAGGUAAGUGA